UCGUGUUAAUAUCAGGAUAAUUUCGCGAACCGCAAUAUAAUCGUUCAGCUGAUUUCUCGCGAAAUAUCGCGCUAUUCUCAAAUCGCAUUGCACGCUCGUGGCCGGAGCGCCUCUCGGUAAGAGACAAGUCAUCGCUUUUAGAGCCUUUCCUUCUCGACUUUCGAUCUUUCAAUUCAUCGCUUCCGAGGAUUUUGAUUUUUCUAGGGUUUCGGAAGAGCUCCCGAGGAGUGAGCGAGUGACUGAGUGAGGGAUUCCAAGAAGCUUCAAUGGCAGGUCUAAUCCCCAACAUAACUAUUACUAGCAGCAGCAACAGCCUCUUUCCAGAGCAACGACCGUACGGUCGAAACCCUAAAAGCCCCAGAUUUCUGCUGCUGCACCCGUUGAUUCUCUUUCCUGAUGGAAUGUCUGAAGCUGCUGCUGCUGUUCUUGCCUCUCUUACGAGCCUCCGACACCCUUCUUUCUCCCAAGGGCGUUAACUACGAAGUGGCUGCUUUGAUGUCUAUGAAGAGUAAACUGAGAGACCCUUUCCAUGUUCUUGAUGGAUGGGAUAUUAAUUCUGUGGAUCCUUGCACUUGGAGCAUGAUUGGAUGCUCUCCCGAGGGUUUUGUAAUUUCACUAGAAAUGACUAGUAAGAGCCUGUCUGGCGUCCUUUCACCAAGUAUUGGGAAUUUGAGCCACCUUCAGACGAUGUUACUCCAAAAUAAUGAAAUAUCAGGUCCAGUUCUGGUUGAGAUUGGGAAACUCUCAGAGCUUCAGACACUUGACCUUUCAGGUAACCAGCUUGUCGGUGAAAUUCCAAGCUCAUUGGGCUCUCUGACUCAUCUAAGUUACUUGCGUCUUAGCAAAAACAAUUUGUCUGGUCAGAUUCCCAGAGCUGUUGCCAAUCUCAGAGGUCUUUCAUUCUUGGAUUUAUCAUUCAACAAUCUUAGUGGUCCGACUCCCAGAAUACUUGCAAAAGAAUACAGUGUUGCAGGGAAUGUGUUUCUUUGCACUUCAUCACUCUUACAAGGCUGCAUGGACAUGCCCAAACCAGUAGAACAAAAUAAUUCAUCCCGAGAAGAUGAUAAUCAUAGAUUGGUGGUUGCCAUUUCUGUAAGCCUAAGUUGCACCCUUGUGGUUUCUAUGAUGGUGGUUGUUUAUUGCCUGCACCGGUGCAGAUGCAAUGUACCCUUUGUCUCUAUUGGGAAGCAAGAUUGCGAAUUUGAUAUGGGUCAUCUAAAGAGGUUUUCAUUUCGGGAACUUCAAGUUGCCACUGAUAAUUUCAAUCGUAAGAACAUCCUAGGUCAAGGUGGAUUUGGCGUGGUUUAUAAAGGGUUCCUUCGAAAUGGCAAAGUAGUGGCUGUGAAAAGGUUGAAAGAUCCCAAUUUUACUGGUGAAGUCCAGUUUCAAACAGAAGUAGAGAUGAUUGGCUUGGCUCUGCACCGGAACCUCUUACGUUUGUAUGGGUUUUGUUUGACAUUGAAUGAAAGGCUGCUCGUCUAUCCGUAUAUGCCAAAUGGGAGUGUUGCUGACCGCUUAAGAGAUCCUCGAUGUGAGAAACCAUCCUUAGACUGGAACAGACGAAUGCGAAUUGCCCUUGGGGCUGCUCGUGGGCUGCUGUACUUGCAUGAACAAUGUAACCCAAAAAUCAUUCACAGGGAUGUGAAAGCUGCAAACAUUUUACUCGAUGAAAGUUUCGAAGCAGUGGUUGGAGAUUUCGGUUUGGCGAAGCUUUUAGAUCAGAGGGAUUCACAUGUCACUACGGCAGUUCGAGGCACGUUAGGCCACAUUGCCCCAGAGUAUCUCUCAACGGGGCAGUCUUCUGAAAAAACUGAUGUUUAUGGAUUUGGUAUACUACUUUUGGAACUCAUAACUGGUUACAAAGCACUAAACGCUGCAAAUGGUCUGGUUCAGAAGGGAAUGAUUCUGGAUUGGGUUAGAACUGCGCAUGAGGAGAAGAGACUGGAUACACUGGUGGAUAGGGAUCUCAGUGGUUCUUUCAAUGUGAUCGAACUGGAGAAAGCUGUCGGGGUGGCUCUCCUUUGCACCCAAUCUCAUCCCAGCCUCCGACCAAAGAUGUCAGAGGUCGUAAAGGUCCUGGAGGCUGUGGCUGGGCCAGCAGAACAUCUGGAAGAAUCGCAAGGGGGAGUCCCUUGCGAAAGGAGUUACGGUUUUUCAAGAAACUACAGUGAUUUUCUUGAUGAAUCUUCAUUCAUCAUUGAAGCCAUGGAGCUCUCUGGGCCCAGGUGAAGUUGUUGCUUUCUUGGCAUUCAAAUCCAAACAAGCUUGGAUUUUAUAAACUAGUGAAAAUCUUCACCGGCUGAAGAAUGAUAGGGGAAGGAGGGAAUGUAAUCACUUGAAAAUGGUCUGGAUGACAUCAGAAUAUGUAGGAUUUUUUUUUUUCUCCCAAAGUGUGGAAGAAUGUAGUGGUCCCAUAAAGGAAUUGAAAAAAAAAAAAAAAAAAAAAAACAGUUCUAAAUUUUGAUGUAUUUGGAAAAUGAGCCAGACUGUUAAUGAUCGUAUGCUUAUACCAUAUGUUAAAAGUAGUGUACAAAAUAAAGAUAUUAAAAAAACCCAUUGCUCAUAACUGUA